GUUCCUCCAUUCUCCACGGUGUAGCCGCCCUCGGCUUCCUUUUUCCAUUCUUUUCUUUUCAUUCUUUUUCACGAGUCCUGCCUGCGUAAUACGGCACUGCGCUGUGCUGAAUUGCACUGGACUCGCAACGGCUACUCCCGCGCCCAGCCCAACGGUCGACCGUUCUCGUGCAAUCGCACCCUCCAAGCCGUGAAACAUCACACCAGACGUCAACAGCGCAUGCUCAGCAUUCAUCCUGCAAUUGCGCCCGUUCUGUCUCCGAUCUGCGAGCUUGCCCCACGUGCUGGACUCCCCUUUGAGCCAUCCAUCCCUAGAUCCAAAGCUCAGCUCCGCUCCCUCCUCAUUCUACCCAUCUCAUGGCGGUAGCAUCCUCUCGUCAGCCGCUCCAGCAGCUGACGCCACCGGGCAGUUCCUAUGAAGGUGGUGCUGUUGCUGGCGGCGCGGGAGCCGAACCGGCACAAGGAGGACGAGGAUCGUGGGAUUUUGCCGUGCCCUUGGAUUCAUCAGCGAAAUCCUCGUACCCCGACCACGAGCUUCACAUGCACGGCGAUACCUCCUCCUCCCACGCUUACCCCUCUCCACCACCCUUUGCCAACCAACCCAAUGGUUUUGCCCACUCGGCAUCUUCACGAGCUAUGAAUCCGCAACCACAGUACUACGAGGAUGAUGUAGCCUAUGCUUCCCGCAACCAGGUCAAUGGGGCUUACAACAUGGGAUCCCCUGAGGCUCACGUAGGCGCUCAUGAUCCAGACAGUCCUAUGGAAUACAACGGACCCUCUGAAACUGCCCCAAACAGCAGGAUCGAAGCAGCACCCAAAGGGAAAGGCAAAAAGAGAUCUGCGAAGAAGCAGUCGCCACAGUGGACCGAAGCAGAGCAGAAUGAGAACAACUGGAUACAUCGUGACAAGUUGAAGGAGAUUGAGAACCGGGAGUUGGAGGCUGCAGGGUUUAGGGUCGGUCGUUCGAGCAGGUCCAACAGCAGGUCUCAAAGUGCUGGAGCCCGCCAUAUGUCCCGCGAUCGGGCAAAUUCGAACGCUACCGACACUCUUUCCAAUGGAGACUACCAUGCCGAUCAACGUCGGAUGGUUUCUCCCAUACCAGCUGAAGGCGAGGAGGAAGAAGUGCAACAAACUACUGGUUGGGACGUUCGGUCAGCCGAAGAGAUUGCUGCCGAUAGAGAGCAAUAUGCGGCCAAGAACACGCACGUCGUUAGACCGAGCACCUCUCGUAUACCCAUCGCCAAAACAAGCCCGCUCCCGGUGCCCAAUAACUUUGUCGAGCGAGAUCAGCCACUCCCGAGACCGAGAAACGGCAGCGGAAAUUGGGAUCCAGAUGCAAUUGCGAACAAUGGUGCUCGUGUGAGGAGCGGAAGCAUAUCGAGUCAAUUCCUGUUGGACGAACCACGCCCCGUGGAAGCCCCCCAGAAGAGCCCCAUGAAGAAGCAAUUCGAUCAUCGGGAGACUUCAAAUUCGACCCCUACGUCCGCCAAGUCGAAGACUCCAGGAAAACCCACACCCACUUCUGGAGUGCGUAAAGUUACUCCGAAGAACCAGACUAAACCUCGCAAUGCGUCAUCCAGCUCUCCCGUCAAACGACCUGGCACUAGCGGUGGAUCUCUUUCAAGGCCCGGGACCAGCCACCGACCUGAAGGCGAAGCCCCUUGGGUAGCUACCAUGUAUAAGCCUGACCCGAUGCUUCCACCCGACCAACAGAUCAUCCCAACGCACGCCAAGCGGAUGCAGCAAGAGCAGUGGGAGACCGAGGGCAGAGUGGCUUCUGUAUACGACAGGGACUUCCGUAUGUUGAACACGGAUGACUUCAACAAGAGCAAACGAAAUUCACCAGUUUCACCUCUGGAACCUGAAGUAGCACCAGCAGAUGCGCAAUGGCCGUUGUCAAACCCCAACAAACUUGCUCCCGCUCCUAUGACCGACAACACACCCAAGUCGCCCAUCAGUGAGGCUGGCAGUUACAAGCUCACACCGACUAUACCCCAAUCGCCCCGUGUUCCCUCUCCCGAGCGUCGGGUUGCUCCAGUCAUUGAUCCUCUACCUCUGAACACCACUCGACUUCCCGAACCUCCUAUUGAGACCGAAAAGGAGAAGGAGAAGAAAGGUUGUUGCUGCAUUGUCAUGUAG